AUGGAGAUAUCAACAAACGGGUCAAGCUUUGGGAUCGAGUCGAUACUUUCUCACAGAUCCACCAGUCCGUGUGUUUCAAAGGGAGAAUGCCGGUCUCCGGCGGAGUUGAGUCCGAGGACGGACUCGGACAGCGACUGCUCGUCGCCUCCCUCGCCGAGACGGAACUCUGUGGAAGACGCGGUGCAAAGACACGCGCGCAGUCUCGGACUGGACUCUCCUUUACAAAUAUCCCAGCAGCCACGAACAGUAACGUCCUCGUUCUUGAUCAGAGACAUACUAGCGGACUGUAAACCCCUGGCAGCCUGUGCUCCAUAUUCCAGUCAUGGACAGUCAGCCCAAGAUGCUGAAUACUGCAUGGACAAACUUCACAGCAAUUCGUCCUCGGACAGCGAAUACAGGGUGAAAGGUGAAGCUGAUCGAGAAAUCUCCAGCAGUAGGGACAGCCCAAGCUCCCGGCUGAAGAAGCCACGCAAAGCCCGCACUGCGUUCACUGAUCACCAGCUGGCGCAGCUUGAGCGCAGCUUCGAGCGUCAGAGGUACCUGAGCGUGCAGGACAGGAUGGAGCUGGCAGCGUCUCUCAACCUCACUGACACACAAGUCAAAACAUGGUACCAAAACCGCAGAACGAAGUGGAAGCGGCAGACAGCAGUUGGACUCGAGCUCCUCGCUGAAGCAGGAAAUUACUCGGCUCUUCAGAGAAUGUUUCCAUCGCCAUAUUUUUACCCACAAAGUCUGCUCUCCAACCUCGAACCAGGACCAGCGCUAUAUCUAUACCGAGGGCCAUCAGCGCCUCCGCCACCCGUUCAACGGCCUCUAGUACCGAGGAUCCUCCUGCACAGUCUUCAGGGCGGCGGGGAUCCAGCACCUCUCUCUGGAGUGAUACCUCGACACACUCCGUGAUGAACUGAUUCAACCCGUCACACCUCCAAACUCAGGAACAGCAGGGUUGCGCUAGGAAAA